AUGCAGAUGUGUUUAAAUAAAACCUUUACUGACUAUUUUAUCAUUAAAGGAAUUUCUGAUGUUCUAGAAAUACAAAUUACAAUCUUCAUUUUAGUUUUGUUGGUUUAUCUCAUCACUCUUGGUGGUAACAUGACUAUCCUUCUGCUGAUCUGCUUGGACUCUCAUCUCCACACACCCAUGUACUUCUUUUUAGCUAACUUGUCCAUUGUAGAUAUGUCUUGCAUUGCCACAGCAUUACAUAAGAUCCCGACAAGCUUUGUUACUGGGGAUAAAACUAUUUCGUUUCUUGGUUGUAUGGCGCAGACUUUCAUGGCUGGAUCUUUAUCAGUACAUGAACUAUUUAUACUGACAGCAAUGAGUUAUGAUCGUUAUGUAGCCGUCUGUAACCCUUUAAAUUACCAUUUGAUUAUGAACCAUAGGAAUUGUGCUCUCUUGGCUUCUCUCUGUUGGGCAUUGGGUUUCCUUCUGGUUUCCCCACUUGCGGGGAUAUUGUCUAGUUUCUGUUGCUACUCAUCAAUUGAAAUCAAUCACUUUCUCUGUGACAUUGUCCCUAUAAUGAAAAUAACCUGCAGUGACACCUCAGUGUUGGAUAUAUUGUUUUUCUUUGAAGGUUUAUUCCUUUUUAUUAUUGCCCCAUUUCUUCUGACCUUUGUUUCCUAUGUCUUUAUAAUAGCAGCCAUACUGAAGAUCCGUUCAAACACUGGAAGACGUAAAGCCUUCUACACGUGUUCCUCGCACCUUACAGCGGUUAUCCUUCUCUAUACGAUUCUUGUUAGUCAAUACCUGACACCGAGUUCAACAAGUACACUGGAUUCAAAAAAACUGUAUGCGUUGUUUAAUACAGCUGCCAUCCCUCUGCUAAACCCACUGAUCUAUAGCUUAAAAAAUAAAGAUGUGAAAGCAUGUUUAAGGAGAAGGUUGAAUUUAGGUGAAGUGAUCACUUGA